ACGGUAGGAUCUCCCGGCUCUCGGUCCGCGACGUGCGCUUCCCCACGUCGCUCGGGGGCCACGGCUCGGACGCCAUGGUAAGCGCAGACCGACGGCCCCGGACCCCUCCCGGCCCGCAGGCGCCCGGGCCCGCUCAUGCGCGGGAGGCCCGCGGGUCCCCUGGAGGUUCCCGACUUUGGAACCGCUGCUUUUGUAAAGUGGGAGGUGGACAUGGGGAAAGAGACGGUUUUCCUGCCUCUGAGUCACACGGACCCUGACUACUCAGCCGCCUACGUCGUCUUAGAGACUGAUUCAGAAGAUGGUCUCAAAGGAUGUGGAAUUACCUUCACUCUGGGAAAAGGCACUGAAGUUGUUGUCUGUGCUGUGAAUGCCCUUGCCCAUCAUGUGCUCAACAAGGACCUCAGGGACAUUGUCAGUGACUUCAGAGGCUUCUACAGGCAGCUCACGAGUGAUGGGCAGCUCAGAUGGAUCGGUCCAGAGAAGGGCGUGGUGCACCUGGCUACGGCGGCUGUCCUCAAUGCGGUGUGGGACCUGUGGGCGAAGCAGGAAGGGAAGCCCCUGUGGAAGUUACUUGUGGACAUGGACCCCAGGACGCUGUUAUCCUGCAUCGAUUUCAGGUACAUCACUGAUGCACUGACCGAGCAGGAGGCCUAUGAAAUACUGCAGAAAGGUCAAGUUGGUAAAAAAGAAAGAGAAAAGCAGAUGCUGGCACACGGCUAUCCUGCCUACACCACGUCAUGCGCCUGGCUGGGGUACACAGAUGACACGUUGAAGCAGCUCUGCGAGGAAGCGCUGAAGGAUGGCUGGACCAGGUUUAAAGUAAAGGUUGGUGCAGAUCUCCAGGACGAUGUGCGCAGGUGCCGGCUCAUCAGAGACGUGAUUGGACCAGAGAAAACUUUGAUGAUGGAUGCCAACCAGCGCUGGGACGUGCCUGAGGCAGUGGAGUGGGUGUCACAGCUGGCCGAGUUCAAGCCAUUGUGGAUCGAGGAGCCAACCUCCCCUGAUGACAUUCUGGGGCACGCUGCUAUUUCCAAGGCACUGGCCCCGUUAGGAAUUGGAGUUGCCACAGGAGAACAGUGCCACAAUAGAGUGAUAUUUAAGCAACUCCUCCAGGCGAAUGCCCUGCAGUUUCUCCAGAUUGACAGCUGCAGACUGGGAAGUAUCAAUGAGAACCUGUCAGUAUUGCUGAUGGCCAAAAAGUUUGGAAUUCCUGUCUGCCCCCACGCUGGUGGUGUUGGCCUCUGUGAACUGGUGCAGCACUUGAUUAUAUUUGACUACAUAUCAGUCUCUGCAAGCCUUGAAAACAGGAUGUGUGAAUAUGUCAACCACCUGCAUGAACAUUUCAAGUAUCCUGUGACGAUCAAGCAGGCUUCCUACAUGCCUCCCAAGGAUGCUGGCUAUUCAACAGAAAUGAAGGAGGAAUCUGUAAAGAAACACCAGUAUCCAGAUGGUGAAGUCUGGAAGAAACUCCAUGCCGCUCAAGAAAAUUAAGUGUUCAGCCCUUACGCCUUUUUUCUUUUUUAAAUGAAAAGGCUUAAAAUUUCUUGGAUAUGGUUUCACAAAAAUAGAAGGAAAAAAAAAUCCUACCAAUCAUGAUGAGUUCAGCUGAAAGUCAUAUUAACCUAAGGAAUCAGCUCAGUAAUCAUUAUUACUUGAUUCUUUUAGCAAAUCAACGUAUGUUUUCCUAUUUAAUCCUUAAACAAAUUUAGAUUUAACUAACCCAAAGCCUAGGAAGGUGUUCUCACAAAAUUUCUAUCAAA